CAUGCUCCGUGGUCCAUUAUAACCUCUGCGCAAGGUCAAGAGCACGACGUCGCCCCUCUCGCUCGAUACCUGGGAGCUAUCCGACACCGACGAGCACCAUGGCGUCGUCUGUACUCACGCCGCGAUUCAGCCCCGGCGAGGCACCUCCACCCGAGUUCGACAUCUACAACUCGUACGCGAUCGACCCGCAAUGGCAGAACAAGUUCACCAUCAUCUGGACGUCGGUCAUGGCCUUCACGACGGUCAUGUCCAUCCCGUGGGUCGUGCGCGCGUGGCGCGCCAAGCGGCUGUACGCCGGCCUGGCGAUCCGCGAGACGAUGAAGCGCCAGGCCGUCGUUGAGCCCGCUGUGCCCGCGCACACGGGCGCGAAGAGCACGUCGGUGUUUGCGCGCACCUACAGGGCAGGGUACGCCCUCUGGCAGAGCUUUGCGCUCGUGGCCCUCCCCAUGCCAAACAUGACCUUCUGGAAGAGCCAGGUCGCAGACUGCUGCCGCCGCUCGUACCUCUCCCUCGGGCUGGCGCAGGCGCUCCUCGUCGCAUGCUACGCCGGCACGGUGAUUGCGUGCAUCGUCACCUCGGCCGAGCUGUGGCAGAACUCGAACCGCGCGGGCUUUAUCGCCGUCGCGACCCUCCCGCUCAUCAUUCUGCUCAGCGUCAAGUCGCCGCUUCCCCUGCCCGUCUUCCUCCCCUCCCUCUCGUACGAGCACUACAACUUCCUCCACCGCUGGGCCGGCCGCGUCAUGUGGCUCGCCACCACGGUCCACGGAUCCCUCUGGCUCAACCAGUUCAUCUCGACAAAGCAGUGGAGCCAGGUCAAGGCCGAGAAGACAGUGCUCGGGUGCAUCUCGUACGCCAUGAUGUGCAUGGUCGUGGUUACCUCCCUCAAGCCCGUGCGCCGCAAGUUCUACCAGCUCUUCUGGAUCGCCCACAUUCUCUUCGUCGUCGGUCUGUUCACAGCGGUCGGUUACCACACACCUUAUGCCUUCCCUUGGUACUACCCCUGCAUCGCGCUCUACGGCUAUGACCAAAUUGCCCGCUUCCUCCGCUACCGCUUCAAGGACGCGACGCUGGUUCCCGUCGACCCGACGCUCACGCUCAUCCACAUUCCUGACUGCGACGCCGGCUGGCUCCCCACACAACACGUCUUCAUCCGCGUCUUCCGUGGACCCGGUCUGUUCGAGGCCCAUCCGUUCACCAUCACCAAUGCGCCGCCCAACGUCCUUGGCGGUCCCCGCGGCAUCACCCUCUACGCCAAGGUUUGCGGCGACUGGACCAAGCGGCUGCAUGAGAUAGCCUCGGACUGCACGUCCCUCGAAACCGGCGACGACUACGAGGAGCGCGAGGCGUUCAUUAAGGCCGAGGCCGAGGGCAAGCUCGAACCUGGGCACGACCACCCCGGACGCUGUGUCACCGUCAUGAUCGACGGCCCCUACGGCGGCCUGAAGAUGGACCUGGGCGAGUACGAGACAGUGCUUGUUGUUGCCGGCGGCUCGGGUGUCACCUUCCUUCUGGGAACGAUCGAGGAGGCGCUCAGCCGACGAAAGGCCGGCAAGGGCCCCGACAAUGUCGACGUCGCGUGGGUCGUGCGCGACAUGUCGACGAUUGUCGCCCUCGCGCCGACGCUCGCCUAUCUUGACAAUCUCGCCAAGCCGCUCGGCGUCAACCUUACCUACAGCUUGUACAUCACGGACCCGCCGUUCCCCAUGCCGCCCAUGCCCGACGUCCUCCCAGCGUCGACCACGCUGUCGCCAUACCGCCCCGAAGUGGCUCAGCUCGUGCGAGCCGCGCUUCCGGGCGGCUCACAGGAUGCCGAGACUGCGAGUGAGAAGCCGGAAUCCGCCCACGGUGGACUUGCCGUCGUCGCUGCAGGCCCAGAAGGGCUCGUGAUGGAGGCGCGCAACGCCGUCGCUGGUAUCAGUGUUAGCGGCCGAGUCAACGCCGGUGGUAUUGGGUUCCACGCCGAAGCGUACCAAUUGUAGAGGGGGCCGUCGCAUCAGCAGUCAGUAGAAAUCUAGAGCUUGCAUCCAUCACAUUAUGUAUCCGAUUCUUCAUA